GUCUUUCUUGUGAGUUAGUCAUAUUUAUUAGUUUAAGUUUUGAUUAGUUAAGAAAUCAUAUAUAUAUAUAUAUAUAUUAGCAACAUAAACUAUCGGCUAGCAAGAAAUGACAGAUUGAGCUGCAUGCGAAAGGAUAAAAUGAGCAAUCCAUGUUUGAAGGGCAGAGAUGGGAUGGAUAUCAUCACCAUUUGGAUAAGCUUUGUCUACGCCUGAGCCUUCGUUGUUCGACGGCUUUCCGUUCGUUCGGUUCUCGAACUCACCCAUUUCGGCCGUCGGGUCAACGGCCAAUGAGCCCCCAUUGUGGUGUGGUUCCCACAUGUGGCCCACGUAGCAGCAGUACGGGUCGCUACGAACUGUCGCGUCGGGUGUUGAUCUCAUCAAAGCGCCGUAACUAAAAACAAUACCAGAAUUACGGCCGCGGGAGUUCGUCAUCCGCCCAACUAUAAUUAGCAGCACUUGUGUCGAGUUCCUAUUGGUUGGGGCGAUGGGGGCGUUGGCGGGGUCCACUGAGUGUACACCCUUCAAAUGCCGGGCGGCUGGGGGAUCGGUGAUCAUUCCUCGAACCGCACCCCAAAAAUGGAUUUCUCCUAUUCCGCCUGCUUCUCUGUUCCCAGCACCGGCUCCCCCCGCCUUCUCGCUCCGGCGGGGCCGCCCGACCCCUACGGCGAGUCCCCCUACUGUUUCAAGUAUGUCGCCCCCAGGAUCGUCUCCAUGGUCCUCUGCUUCGUCGUCAUCGGCGCGCUUUUCACCUUGGCCUUCAGCCCGCCGCCAUCCCAGGACGAGGAGGACGAGGAGGACGAGGAGCCGGGGUGGGUACGGGGGAAGAAGGCGGCACGGGGGGCGCUCGACCCAGCCGUGCUGUCGUCGUUCCUGGUGGCGCCGUACGCCGCGGUGGCCGGCUCGGGGAGGGUGGGGCGGGACUGCCCCGUGUGCCUGGCGGAGUUCGGCCGCGGCGACGCCGUCAGGGUGCUGGGGAAGUGCGGCCACGGGUUCCACUCCGGCUGCAUCGAUCCGUGGCUCGCGGGGCACGCCACGUGCCCCGUCUGCCGGUCGGACCUGGGGGCGGCCGCACCCGUCGUCGUCGUCGUCGUCGCCCCGGGAGAUGGAUGACGGCGGGACGGAGGAGCGAUCGUCUACGGUACAGCCUUGUGGCGACCCCCCAAGAUUUUGGGCUCCGGCGGAUGGGGGAAUGCAAGAGAGGCUGCUUCGAGAAUUCUUUUUUUUUUUUGUACAUAUUUGCUUUUUUACAUAGUUGUAUUUAUUAGCGUAUAUGUUAUUAUUUUUAGUUCUAAAAAUUAGAAGAAAAAAAAAAACCAAAUUUCAUUA